UGGGCACUGCAGGCUUCCCAGUGCCGAGGAGGCAGCAGGCGCCACACACGUGCAGGGGGCCGGCGGGGGGUGCGGGCCGGGCUACUUCACGUAUUGUUCUGCGGCCAGUGCCUCUUUCGGGCUCCGCGUAUCGCUGUCAGGAGCGGACGAUCCUCGGACGGGCCCGCUCCCAGCCCUCCCGAGCCCGCAGCACCAUGUCAGCGGGAGGAGCGCCCCCAGCCCGCCCCCGGCUCCCGGGAUCCCUGCGCCUUUAGCCCCCUCCCCGCCCCCGCCCAGCCAGUGCGCAGAACUAGGAGGAAAUUCCCCGGUCGCUGCCACUGACGAACGGGGAGAGCAGGUGCGGGGGACACGGCGCGGAGCCCCGCGGUCUCCCUUUGUCCUGGCAGCUGCGCGGCGAGGGGAGGGGAGACCCCCCCGCUCCUGCCCCUGCCAGCGAGCCGGGCUUGGCUGGUUCCGCGCUAGCUACUGCACCGGCGCCGCUCCCCGAGCUGGAGCCGCGGGAGAGUCCGGAGGCCGCUGCGCCCAGGGACACAGCGGGCCUGAGCCCCCCAAGGCAGCGUCCCCAGCUCGGAUCGGCCCCCGGGGGCAGCUCGCCAAGGCGGGUGUGGACACGAAGUGCCGGUGGCCGCCCGGCUCCGCGGAAGCAGGGACACAAAGGCUGGGCGUGGGCGCGCUGCGGGGGCGGAUCCGCUCCCUGAGCCGGGGCCAGCCUGCCCGGGGGGCGCAGCUCCGCGGCUGAACCCCCGCCGGGGGAGGCGCGAGGAGCCAGUGUCGGGGGCAGAGCCGCCCCCUGGGGCUUCCCGGCUUUAGGGCCCUGCGGGGCAGCCCCGCUUGGCGGGGGCCCGGACCCGCGGCGCCUGCCCCCGGGCGCCAUGGCCUGCAGCCUGAAAGACGAGCUGCUCUGCUCCAUCUGCCUGAGCAUCUACCAGGACCCGGUGAGCUUCGGCUGCGAGCACUACUUCUGCCGGAAAUGCAUCACGGAGCACUGGGUCCGGCAGGAGCACCAGGGCGCCCGCGACUGCCCCGAGUGCCGCCGCACCUUCGCCGAGCCCACGCUGGCGCCGAGCCUCAAGCUCGCCAACAUCGUGGAGCGCUACGCGGCCUUCCCGCUGGACGCCAUCCUGAGCGCGCGGCGCAGCUCCGCGCCCUGCAAGGACCACGAGAAGGUCAAGCUCUUCUGCCUCACGGACCGCGCCGUGGUCUGCUUCUUCUGCGACGAGCCCGCCGUGCACGAGCAGCACCAGGUCACCAACGUGGACGACGCCUUCGAGGAGCUGCAGAGAGAACUGAAGGAGCAGCUCCAGGCACUGCAGGACAGCGAGCGUGGCCACACGGAGGCCCUGCACCUGCUCAAACGCCAGCUAGCCGAGACCAAGUCCUCUGCCAAGAGCCUGCGAGCCACCAUCGGGGAGGCCUUUGAGCGGCUGCACCGGCUCCUGCGCGAGCGCCAAAAGGCCAUGCUGGAGGAGCUGGAGGCUGACACCGCCAGGACUCUGACCGACAUCGAGCAGAAGAUCCAGCGCUACAGCCAGCAGCUGCGCAAAGUGCAGGAGGGCAGCCAGAUCCUGCAGGAGCGGCUGGCUGAGGUGGACAGGCACGCCUUCCUGGCAGGCAUCGCCUCGCUCUCGGAGAGCAAACCCCACAUUGCGGUAGGGGAACUGCAGGGGCUCCGUGCUAACCAGCUUGACUCUCCAACCAGGCUCAAGGGAAAGAUCCAUGAAACAAACCUCACCUAUGAAGACUUUCCUACCUCUAAAUACAUGGGCCCCCUGCAGUACACGAUCUGGAAAUCGCUCUUCCAGGACAUCCAUCCGGUGCCAGCAGCCCUCACGCUGGACCCUGUCACAGCUCACCAGCGCCUCAUCCUCUCGGAUGACUGCACCAUCGUGGCCUACGGCAACUUGCACCCGCAGCCGCUGCAGGAUUCACCCAAGCGCUUUGACGUGGAGGUGUCGGUGCUGGGCUCAGAGGCCUUCGGCAGCGGCGUGCACUACUGGGAGGUCAUCGUCUCGGAGAAGACCCAGUGGAUGAUCGGGCUGGCGCAUGAGGCUGUCACCCGCAAGGGGAGCAUUCAGAUCCAGCCCAGCCGUGGCUUUUACUGCAUCGUCAUGCACGACGGCAACCAGUACAGCGCCUGCACCGAGCCCUGGACCCGGCUCAAUGUUAAGAGCAAGCUGGAGAAAGUAGGUGUCUUCUUGGACUAUGACAAAGGGCUCCUGAUCUUCUACAACGCUGAUGACAUGUCGUGGCUGUACACCUUCCGGGAGAAGUUCCCUGGCAAGCUCUGCUCGUACUUUAGUCCUGGCCAGAGCCACGCGAAUGGCAAGAACGUGCAGCCACUCCGCAUCAACACCGUCCGGAUCUAGGAGGGAGCAGGGAAGGGAGCCUGGAGCCGUAAAGCUCCCUCCUGGCCGGCAGGCUGAGUCAAGAGUCCCUGCUAAGACAGUUCCCACCUACUCCUUCCUGCAGGGCAUGGGGAGAUUGUCAGGCUCCGGGGCUGUGCUGUUCCUAGCUCGGACCUCCUGGCAUUAUCCAGGUGUGGGAGGGUGCAGGGCUGGGGCAGGGGGGGUUGUGGCACUGUUGGUAUUUCAGUAUGCGAGGAUGCAGCAUUCCUGCCUCCCUGUCUGCGUCAGUUUCCAGACUAACCCAAGGAUCCGGGCUGAGUAUUGACAUACAACUGGCUAUCCCUGGCAUGAUCCCGGCAUCGCCAUGGCCACUCUGCCAGGAUGGAUGCAGACUGGACUCUGUGCUGGCAUGGAGCAGAGAUCAGGUCACCUUGCAGAGCUGCUACUGAACUGCUGUGUGGUAUCUCAGCUCACCUGUGAGCUCCCAGCUGGGUUUGCUCCUGGGGACAGAGCAUGAACUGUCCUCCACAGGGCUAGUGACCUGGCAGCAUCUGCUCUUAGUAUGUGUUACAUUGGCAUUCAGGGACCCAAGGAUCAUUAAUGAUCUGGAGGAUGGUGUGGGCUGCACCCUCAGCAAGUUUGCAGAUGACACUAAACUGGGAGGAGUGGUAGAUACACUAGAGGGUAGGGAUAGGAUACAGAGGGACCUAGACAAAUUA